CACGAUGGACAAAAAAAUAAACACCACUUUAAUAAAUCGAUAUUCAAAUUACUUUCAAAUUGGUCGAGUGACUUUUGUUGUCAGAAAUAAAUAUUGAAAUUGUAUUACCGUUUAUUAGAUAAUAUUUAUUUAAAAAAGUAUUAAAAAUAGAACCGGAAUGAGAAGCAGCGGUUUGGUGUUGUUUGCGUGUGCUGGACUUUUGCUCAGUGGUGGGGCGAUCCUCGGUGGCUCGGUGGCAUGGAGCCUGCUGCGCAUGUCUUAUUACUUCUGGACGUCGGACCUGGGCGUGGAGCUGAGCACCAGCGUGUUGUUCAUGGCGGGCGCGCUGCUGUGCCUGCCCACCUGCUGGCUAUCAACGCUAGUGCCUUACCAUACCAAGUCCAUGUCUUUGAAUGCGACUCUGAUGGCGCUGGUGAGCGUGGCGAUGGUGAUGCUGUCGCUGGGCCUGUCGUCGAUCUCGGGGCUGUCUCGGGCGCUGCGCGAGCCGGCUACGCUGAACGCCAGCAUGCUGCGGGCUAUGGCCAUCGACUCCUUCGAUCCCGCUGUUAGGAGCUCCUUCGCAGCGAUGCAGAUUGAGUUGAGAUGUUGCGGCGUGCAGUCGUACUCGGACUGGUACCAACACCGGCGCACGUUGCCGCCGGCGUGCUGCGGCCGCGUUUGGAACGGGAAGCGCGGAGACCUGUGCGACGUGCCUCUGUACAGCCUGGGCUGCCUGCGCCCCGCCCUCGCCGAGCUGCGGUACUUCGCCAACUCACUCUCUGCGCUCUCCUCUGCUAUCGUUGUUGUCAUGGCGGUGACGCUGUUCGCGGCGGCCUACACGCUGGUGACGGGCGUGGUGGAGCGCGGCGAGGCGCGCGCCUACAAGCCGGCGCCGCCGCUGCGCAUCGCCUGCCUGGCGCACGCGCCGCCGCCGCUCGUGGCGCUCACCGCGCCCGCCGCGCUGCCCACCGACCACGCCCUGUAG